AUGGUCAAACCAAGACUUAUCAUUCUUAUCCGGCAUGCCCAGUCAGAGGGUAACAAAAACAGAGAAAUUCACCAGGCCAUACCCGACCAUCGCGUCAAGCUCACGCCCGAAGGCUGGAACCAAGCAUAUGAAGCCGGUCGCUCCCUGCGCAAGCUGUUGCGUGCCGACGACACCCUCCACUUCUUCACCUCUCCAUACCGCCGAACCCGCGAGACCACUGAGGGCAUCCUUGCCACCCUGACCUCCGACGACGACGAGCCCUCUCCCUUUAAGCGGUCUAACAUCACCGUCCACGAAGAACCGCGGCUGCGCGAACAGGACUUUGGCAACUUCCAACCAUGUAGCGCCGAAAUGGAGCGUAUGUGGCAAGAGCGCGCUGACUAUGGCCACUUCUUUUACCGCAUCCCCAACGGCGAGAGCGCCGCCGACGCAUACGAUCGAGUGAGCGGCUUCAACGAGAGCCUGUGGCGUCAAUUUGGUGACAACGACUUUGCCAGCGUCUGCGUUCUCGUCACCCACGGCCUCAUGUCCCGCGUAUUCCUCAUGAAGUGGUACCACUUCACCGUUGAAUACUUUGAGGACCUGCGCAACGUCAACCACUGCGAGUUCCUCAUCAUGCGCAAACAGGAGGAGAGCGGCAAAUACAUACUCGAGAAUAACCUCCGCACCUGGUCUGAGCUGCGGCGCGAGCGCGUCCUGCAGGGUAAGGAAAAGCAAGUCGCCCCGAGCCCCAUCGAGAAGACUAAGAGCUUCGUCCCGACGCGGCGCUGGGGUGGUUGCCCCAACGGCUGCAACCACCAAAGUCACUACGUUCGCCGCGACGACCUCGAGUCGCUGCGACAGACGGAUGAGAAGGCAGCCGCGGCCGCCAGCACUGUCUGCAAGCCACACUCGCAGACCCACUCGCAGACCCCCUCCGUCUCGAGUCUCGCCAGCCGCCGGCCAGUAGGCAAGCGCUUUCAGCUCGCAUACGGCUCAGACGAAGACCACGACGACGAAGAGAACGGCACCGGCGGAUCCCGCUCCACCCCUCAGAUUGAUGUUGUCCGCUCUCACGAAGAGGUUGUCUCAUCACCCGAUGGUACGCCCUCUUACAUCUCCCGCCGAGGACCGUCUACGCAGCCUUCUGACGCCGAGGACAACUCUGAGGACGAGCACGCCGGUCAUCGGGGUCACGGACGUGUUGCGUCGCUGGCGGCGCAGCUGGAGAAGCUCCCGACUGGUGCGAACGGACGGCACGCCAACGGACAUGCUACCGAUACGCCAGGCGGCCAUGUAAACGGCAAGGGCCCGAUUGCGGUGGUCAACGAUGAGGCCGUCACCAAGGAAGAUGCAAGCUUGGACGAAUACGGCAUGGUGCCUGGCGCGCGUGCGAAUCGUCUCGGGGAUGCGCUCAGUAGUGUCGGCUCCGAUGGUGGGAGGGAUGCGGAUGACGAUGACGAUAUCGACCGGGCCGAGAGGGCCGACCGUAGCAUACAAGGGAGUGUCUAUUGAGUAUGGUGCUGAGAGAAUCACACCUGCAAGGCGAGGGAAGGUGGGAGCGUUGCAGGACGCAAAAUUCAGCAAGGAUCAGGAGUCAUCGCGAUAUGGAGAGAGCCAGGUGCUCGGGAGAUUGAAUGGACUGCAUACAUGGCUGGCGUUGGGUUCUGUUUCACGCGAGGCACAAGGCACGGCAUUAUGGAGAUAUACCUGGGUAGAUAUUACGAGAAGAUCAAAGCAGCACUUUUUCUGUCA